AAUGCAAGAAAUUUACUGACAAGUAAGCAGUGCCCCCUGUUGGACAAAUUAUGGAUAAACUCGGUGGAUCUACAGUACGUAUUGCUGAGAAAGUGAAAGCAAAAUCUUGACGAAAGGAAAGGAAAUCGACAUUUCAUGGAGACUUUCUCAGUAUUUGUAUUUUAAUCUUUUAAUAAAGAUUAAGAAGACCAGUGAGGACACGAAGGAGAUGGAGGAGGACACUGCAGCAUCAGAUUUGCUGGAUCAGACUAAAGACCUGCAGCAGGUUUCUCAUCAUCCAGCAGAUGAUGUUCUGCAGAAUGUCAAAGACAAACACAAAACCAUUAUGAAGAACAAGUAUGAGAGUUUACUUAAGGGAAUCAAACUACAAACAAAUCAAACAUUCCUAAACACACAGCUCUACAUUAUAGAGGGAAAGAUUGAAAGAGGGAAUGAAGAACAUGAGGUUUUACACAUGGAGAAAAAGCCCAAAUCACACGACACUCCAAUCUGCUGCAAUGACAUCUUUAAACCCUUACCCGAAGAACUAAAUAAUAAAGAGAAAAUCAAGAGCGUUCUUACCAAAGGUAUUGCUGGAAUUGGAAAAACAGUCUCCGUGCAGAAGUUAAUUCUGGAUUGGACCGAGGGAACAGCCAAUCAUGAUGUUGAUUUCAUUUUUGUGCUUCCAUUUCGAGAGUUAAACUUGAUUCGAGAUGAUCAGUACAGUUUUCACAAACUUCUGCUGGCCUUUUAUCCUGAACUUGAAGAUCUGGACUCAAAGAUUUAUGAUGAGUUUAAAGUUGUGUUUAUCUUUGAUGGUCUGGAUGAAAGCAGAAUGCCGCUGAUGUUUUCAGACACGAGCGAGAAAGUUUCUGAUGUGACUGAGACUUCAUCAGUGUCUGUUUUGAUGUCAAACCUCAUGAGAGGAGAUCUGCUUCCCUCUGCUCUCAUCUGGAUCACCUCCAGACCAGCGGCAGCCAAUCAGAUCCCCUCCAAAUACAUCAACCGAUUCACAGAAAUCCAGGGAUUUAAUAAUGACGCCCAAAAGGAGGAAUAUUUCAGGAAGAGAAUCAGCGACUUGCAUCAAGCCGAGAAAAUCAUCUCACACAUUAGAAAAGCGAGAAGCCUCCACAUCAUGUGUCACAUCCCAGUCUUCUGUUGGAUCUCAUCCACUGUUCUUCAAAACCUCCUGAAAGAAGACAACGAGAGAGUAGAAAUCCCUAAAACUAUGUGUGAAAUGUACAUCCACUUUCUGCUGAUUCAGACGAAAAUGAAGAAUGAGAAGUAUGAUGAAACAGAUUCAGAGAAACUCCUGCAGUCCAACAGAGACUUGAUUUUGAAACUGGCUGAAGUGGCAUUCAAACAGCUAAUGAAGGGUAAUGUGAUGUUUUAUGAGGAAGAUCUGAGAGAGUGUGGGAUAGACAUCACUGACGCCUCACUGAUUGAUUCUGGGAUUUGCACUGAGAUCUUUAAGGAGGAAUCUGUGAUUCAUCAGAGGAAAAUCUACUGCUUCAUACAUCUCAGCUUUCAAGAGUUCCUCGCUGCUCUCUAUGUGUUUUACUGCCAAGUAACCAAACAUGUUGACACACUGCAGUUUAUUGAUUUAGUUGAUAGCUUUUAUAAAGGUGUAGUAGAUAAAGCUCUUAACAGUAAAACUGUACAUCUGGAUCUUUUCCUUCGAUUUCUGCUGGGCAUCUCACAGGAGUCCAAUCAGAGACUCUUACUGGAUCUACUGACACACACGGUGGACACCUCAGAAACCAUUAGGGAAACCACAGAGUACAUUAAAGACCGAAUUAAAAAUGAUCAUAUCUCAGCUGAAAGAUCCAUCAAUUUGUUUUUGUGUCUGCUUGAAGUGAAUGAUCAGACUCUGUUCAGAGAGAUUGAGGAGCUUGUGAGAUCACACAAACCCUCAAAGAAACUCUCUGCUGCUCACUGUUCAACAAUAGCCUACGUGCUUCAGAUGUCAGAUGAAGUGAUGGAUGUGUUUGAUCCGAAGAAAUACAACACAACACAGGAGGGCAGAAGACGACUUAUACCAGCUGUCAACAACUGUAAAAAAGCUCUACUUGCUGACUGUAAUCUCACAGUUGAGUCGUGUGAAGUCAUCGCUUCAGCUCUACAAUCCUCAAAUUCUCCUCUGAGAGAGCUUGACCUGACUAACAAUGACCUGCGGGAUUCAGGAGUGAAGCUCAUCUCUGAUGCUCUCAAGAGCCCAAACUGUCAGCUAGAAAUACUGAGGUUAUCAGGUUGUAUGGUGACAGAUGAAGGUUGUUGUUAUUUGGCUUCAGCUCUGAGUUCAAACCCGUCACACCUGAGAGAGCUGGAUCUGACCUACAAUCACCCACAACACUCAGGAGUUCAGCUGCUCUCUGAUAAACUCAAUCAUCCAAACUACAAACUCAACAAACUCACGUUGGAUUAUGGAGGAGAGAAUCGAAUUACGCCAGGACUGAAAAAAUACUCCUGUUAUCUCACACUGGAUUCAAAUACAGCACGUCUUGAUCUCCUUCUGUCUCAGGGAAACCGAACGGUGACACGCGUGAAAGAUAACCAGCCGUAUCCGGAUCAUCCGGAGAGAUUUGAUCAUUAUUGUAAUGUUCUGUGUAAAGAGGAUCUGAAAGGACGCUGCUACUGGGAGGUUGAAUGGACCGGAGUGGCUUAUAUAUCAGUGGUAUAUAAAGAGUUAAAGAGAAAGGGCAACAGUAAUGAGAGUUGUUUAGGAUAUAAUCCAAAUUCCUGGAUUUUAUUCCGCACAAAUGGGGUCUACUCUGUAGUACACAAUGCGAUAAGCGCAGACUUACCUGUGUCUUUACCUUCCUCUAAUAGAGUAGGAGUUUAUCUGGACUGGUCGGCCGGUACUCUGUCAUUCUUCAGCGUCUCUGACACACACACACUCACACACUUACACACUUUCAACACAACAUUCACUAAACCUGUUUGUGCUGGAUUUGGUCUUCACCCGAAUUCAACUCUGUGUUUGCAUUAGAUGCCCCCACAUUUUUAAUCUUGACUCUUAGAAUAGUUUUGUUUUUCAGAAAAAUGACUAACAGUUUCCAUUAUCAAGGUUUGCAGAAGACAUGUGGAUGAAGUGUUGCUCUCUCAUAGCUCAGAUUUGAUGGAGUUCUUAGUUACGUUUUGUUUAAUCAACUUGUUUCUUCUAAAAUUGGUUAGGAGAAAUAAAAUCAGAAUUGUUAAAAUACACAAUGUGAAGUCACCAUUUUUGUGACCAAUUUUAGUUUAGUUUGGUGCCCAUCUUUCAGUAUUUGUAUAUAAGCAUUUCAACAUGAUUGUGUGUUGAUGUAAAACACAGUUUGUUUUUAUGGUUAUCAGAUGUCUGUUGUUGACUGAUAAAAAGUAAAUGCACAGUAGCUGUUGUAAUGGACAGAUUUUUCUCUGGCCAUUCAAAUCUCAACAGAGGUGACUUGAUGGGGAAAACGAAGCUUUUCGAAACUUAAAUCAGUUGAACCAAUUGCUUCGCUAAUUUAUUAACUGUUUCAAAGCAUUCGAAACAUCAGACACGCUUGUGAAAAAAACUUCAAAUUACCAGCAAACACAAUAAACACAUUUCAUUUGAUAAACAUUUAUAAUAAAACCCUAAAUUAGUAAAACCACAGUAGAGAUCAACAUGGUAAACCAUUGGAGUUACGAAACAGAAAUUACGUAACGAAGCCUCGUUUGCUGAAAUCAUGUGACUUCCCCAAUUUGGUACACGUUCUGAACCAAUGAACUUGUUCGACUCCAUGCCCACCGCAACAACUGACAGAUGGAUGACAUCAAAGUGCUGAUUCGAGAGCGAUUCAAAACUUCGUAUGAUUUCUCAAAUCCCUCUCGUGGUACCUUGACGUCAUCCGUCUGUUCUUGCGUCGCCGCAUGAAAGUCAAACAAGCCAUUCAAAAUUGGGACAAUCGUGAGUUUUGUACUGAACCCCCAGCUAUGCGUACACUGCAGCAUGAAGCUUUCCAGUUGAUCGUCACAAUAGAUUUAUUUAGUUUGGUUAAAUCGUAGCAGAGUUCGCUAGCUCACUUGGUGCGGUUUGUUUGGGCAGGUGAGAAUCCAGCAAUCGAACUGUGAUGCGCACCAAAAGCGAACCAAACAAACAGACCGAGAUCUCCUUGAAGAGGUGGUCUUGAUACGUUUUUAAACAAACUCUGGGGCGGUUUGUUUGUGGUGAGAACACGAUCAGAGAUCAAACAUACAGAACUAACUACAAAAAGUACUGCAAAUUUUUGGACUAAACUAGCUGCCGUAGUCAGCUGCGCUGUGCAUUAUGGGAUGAGGAAGUGUUUGUAGACAGAUUCUAUUAGCAACAUUAGCAAAAUGGCAGGUCACGUACAAACCUGGAGUUGCAAGGAGGUGCGGGCGGAGCCUCAGAAAUUUGGUGGCUUCGUCGUUUGCAGUGCAUAAAACUUUGUUUACAAGCCGACCUUACCAAAAGUCUACAUACGCACAAAAGCCAAAAAUUGCAUACGCCAAAAAAUAUCAAGACUUAUAAAACAAAGUAAUUUCUUUAAAAAUCCUUUAAAAAUCUAAGAUUACCCACAAGUGUGCGUACAUGAAUCAUCCUCAGAUCCCACCCUGCAAGGCCAUUCUCCCAUCAAGUUUGUUUUUUUAUAGAUCAAAACCUUUGCAUGAAAAAAGGAGUACACACCAGCCCUGUUUUGUGGGCACGCUUUAUAAAUGAGACCCCAGAGCAAUCAGUGUGGUGUGAAAAGGAACCAAAACUGCUAAAAGGCUACAAUGUAUCAUUUUUUGCCUUUGGUCCGGACCAAAUGAAUCGAACUACAGAUGUGAAAGCACCCUUAGACUGAUUUUCUGUUGUGUAAAGUUUUAGUGUCUUUUAUAGUUUUUUCUUUUUAGACUUUAUCAAAUUAGCUCGGAUAACUUUGUCAUAUUUGGCAUGAAAACUACUGUAUGUGGCAAAUACUGAAUCUCGUUGAACAGGUUUCAACUUCAAGAGCUUAAUGUUUUAUCUAGAUAGGGACAAAAAGUGAAAGUAUUUGAGUUUGUUUUGAUUUCGUGUCCUUUUGUACCCAUGUGACAUUCUGCACUCUUAAAAAGGUCAUCAUUCAGAUGUUUAUUUCAACAUAGGUUAUGAUUGUAAAGAUACUAACAUACCUAGAAACACGGUUUCUUUCAAUAAUGCUUUGUUGGUUUUUUAUCUAUGGAUGUAAAUGUAUCCUAGGGAUGAUACAUUAAUUCACAUUACUGUGUUAUGUGUGUUCAAGUUUACAAUCAGCCCUCUAAUAAAUAAAUGUUCAUAAAACGUUCUUUUUUGGACUGUAUGAUUCUCAUAUAACAUUUAGAGAACGUCUGACAAGAGGUCUGUCGUAGUGCAGAAAGUUUUAUUAAACUAAAACCUUUGACUAAAAGAGAACCGAAAGUUCUUCAAAACUAGCUCUGAGCUUUUUAUAGCACAUUUAUUUAAAAAAAAAUAAAGUCACAAUAAGAUUAAAAAAAACAUUUACUGACGUACAAAAGAGCCCAUACAUAAAAUGAGAACAUUGCAGUAAAAAUAUCUACUAUUUUUACUAAAGACCAUUGCUCUACUAUAAACAUUACAUGUCAUUUGGUUUAAAGUUCAUAUUUUUCCAAAAUUUGCAAUAUCUCCAAUAACAUUUUUCAAGAACAUGG